AUGUUUCAUCGGAACUUUCUCACGGAUGACCAGCGAAGGACUCUUGAGGAUGUUGCAAAACAAUUGGAUCAACAUCUUCAUGACAUUCCAAUAGACUUUAUGCUUGGCUUCUUCGUUAGUAUUAUUGUUACACGAUGGUUGACCCUUUUCAACAAUGUGGGCUUGAUAGAAAAUGUGGCUCACGUGAUUUCUUGUUGUGUCAGAGGCUCGGACGAUAAGACAAGACUGAGGCGGACGAACAUCAUCAGAUAUUGUGUGGUGGCUCAACUUCUUGCCUUUCGUGAUAUAUCUGUGCCAGUUCGAAAACGGUUUCCAACUAGUGAGGCCAUCGUCAAUGCUGGGUUUUUGUUUCCACACGAAAAUGAGGAACUAAAAAAUGUGAAAUGUGUGGCGACUAACAUGGGGAAGCACGGAUGUCUUUAUGGAAAGACGUGGAUACCAGUGCAGUGGGCCGUUUCUCUUCUGAAGUUGGCACGAUACAAAGAUGAAUCUAUUUCGAGUGACCUUCUGCUAGGAAAAUGCUUGGAGGAACUUCUACGUUUCCGCACUUGUCUACUUACGCUGAGGAACUACGACUGGGUUCCGAUUCCUAUAAUGUACCCGCAGCUUGUUUUCCUUGCUGUUCAUCUCUUUUUCUUCAUAGCAGUUCUUUCUCGUCAAGUAGUACCAACUGACUCUUCAUCUCUUUCAUCGCUGGACGCUGUGAUACCUCUCAUGUCAUGCUUGCAAUUUACCUUCUACAUGGGAUGGUUGAAGGUUGCAGAAGCUUUACUUAACCCCUUUGGGGAGGAUGAUGAUGAUUUUGAGUGCAAUUUCCUACUGGACAGGAAUCUCAUAGUAGGAAUAGCUAUCGUCAAUGAAGGUGACUGCUGCCUUCCCAAACAAGAAAAUGAUCCGCUUUGGAAGGUGCCUAUGGAACCUCUGUACAAUAAGAUGCAAAGAACGGCGAACCCUUUGGUAGGAUCUGUGGUUGGUGUCGAGUUUUCAUUUCAAGAAAGAGAAACAAGAACUGUGUCAUCAAGUGGAGCGGACUAUGAAACGGAUUUUGUAGCUAUCUAA